AUGCUUUCCGCUCUCUCUCUCUCUGUGUCUCUCUCUCUCCCUCUCAAUCCGCUGCCAAAUCUGUUUAGGCUACUUUGCGCAUGUACCACGGGUCAAAGCGAGCACAGCGUCGACUCCAAGAUGGCGAAAGCGCGUCUGGCUUGCCUCCUGACUCUCCUCUCAACUCACUGCUACUUGAGUGUGUUGGCAGUUGUACUGAAGACGGACAACGAUUCGCCGUGGACGGAUGAGUUUGACAGAAUUGAAUUAUCGUGUUUGAUCGACUCCAUUUCCACGAACAAUCCGAGAAUCGAGUGGAAAAAGAUUAAAGCGGAGGGACCGAGCUAUGUGUACUUCAACAACAAAGUUUCAGGUGACUUGGAGAACCGAGCGGUGAUCAGAGAACCUGCCACCUUGGUGAUAACCAACGCGACUCGGUUGGACACGGCAAAAUACCGUUGCGAGGUCACAGCUGCCGAAGACCUCAAGUCCUUUGACGAGAUUGCCAUUGAUCUUGUCGUUCGAGUCAAGCCGGUGGUUCCGAAAUGCAACGUCCCCAAAUCGGUACCUUUCGGGAAGUCGGCCGAGCUGAGUUGCUCGGAGGAAGAGGGUUUCCCUAAGUCUCAGUACCAGUGGUUCAAGAACAGGGAGGAAAUUCCUGAGGACCCAAAGAGCAGCAUCAAGUUCUUCAACUCGUCAUACACGCUCAACUCGGAAACAGGAAUUCUGAAGUUCAUCUCAGUCAGAAAAGAAGACGCCGGCGAGUACUACUGCCGAGCGAAAAACGAUGCAGGAUAUGCUGAGUGUGCGCCGCAGAAGAUGGAAGUCUAUGAUAUUGAUGUGGUGGGGAUCGUCCUGGGAGUGGUGGUGGUGGUGGUCGUACUGAUAUGUAUAUCGGCCGGGAUCUGCUGCGCCUAUAAGCGGGGUUACUUCGCAAGUCAAAAGCAGGCAGGGAACAGCUACAAAGUUCCAGCCAAAGGAGACGGGGUGGACUAUGUGCGGACGGAGGACGAGGGUGACUUUCGACAUAAGUCGUCAUUUGUGAUAUGAAAAUGACGCAAGGAUGACAGUGGGAAAGUGCCAAGUGAAACAAGUGACAUGUGCGGCUGCGGUCUCGGCGGUCUCGUCACCGAGUUCAUGGCCUUGAGCUCUCGACGUGACUUUUUCAAUCCAACUUUUUGCCAAAGGUGACAAGAUUUUGCAAAAACAUUUUCAUAUUCCAUACGUAUUGCUGAGCUCAAGCAUGGAUUUGAAAGUCAUUUCUCAAAUCCACUUGGAUGAAAUAUUUGACAACACAUAGUCCCACCAAAAUCAGUCAAACAUGACACAUUUCUACAUGACGCUUCAAGCCGUUUGUCAUUUCUAUAACGUUUAUUUUCUACUGUUGAAAUUUGUCAGACUAUUUUUGAUGGGAUAUAUUUUGAAUGCCUAUAGAUAAAGGUUUACUUUUUUAAAUAUUUGUAAAAUACUAACUGUGUUUUGUUUUUUAUUGUAAUUAUUAUUUGGUUGUGGGUUUAAAUAUGUUACUUUAACCACUUUGCAUCAACCUGUCAGAAUUUCUACCUUUGCCACCGGUAGAGAAAGAAAAAAAGAACAAACGUUCUGCAUAUCGACAUGCGCUUCGUGAGCAGUCUUGCAUAUUGAACUUUGUCCGCUGAGAUGGCCGUGCCCAGGUUCUUUUGUCAAAACACAAACAACAAGAAAAAAAGAAAAAAGGACCUCUGUUUUGUUUGUUGUCUUAGAAAGAGCUUUUGAAGAGUGCCAGUCCAAUGCUGUGAAACACAAUCAGUGCUGCGUUGCGUUUUCUUCAUUUUUUUUUUUUUAAGUGUCCUUCUCAGCUUGCUGUUCAUCUUGUAUAUAGCGAUUUUACUGUCCUGUUUGUUGUGCGUCGUUCACUAUGACAUGAUCACAAUCCAAGUUUGACAGGGUGUACGAGUUAGCCUUCCAGACCCCUCGCCGCUUCGACAAAAAAAAAGACAGAAAUGCAAUGAACAACCAAGCCAGCCUUCAAAAAAUGCCCUUUUCAUCUCAUGUCAGAUUUCUUUGUGGCUGGGGCGGAGCAUAUCCUUUUAAAAGUUACAUUUAUUACUUUUCGAGCUCUGGAAGGUUAACACUUUUACUGAUUGUAUAUAGGUACUUACUUUGUGUUGCAUCCUCCUUUUAAGAUAAUGAAAAAUAGAUCCAAUCAGAAAAGGAGUAUGAAAGUUUGGAUUCAUAUGACUGAUAAAAAGGCAUGUGGCCAGCAAAAUGUUACUCCACACCUUGUUGUUGUUGUUGUUGUUGUUAACGUUGUUCUAGUUCUUUAACAGCUGAGCAAUUCACUUUCACCAUUUUGACAUUUUUCUUGGGAAAUGUAAUUCAUGCUCGAGAUGAUCUGCCCAAACAUUUGCACAUAGGAAUUUGUUCAUACCGCCUUGUUAAAAUAUUAACACAGUCAAGUGAGUUUCCAUACCACAAACUCAUUUGAGAUCACUAAUGGAUCCAAAGUGAGGCUCCACCUUCAUUUAUACAAAUUUCAUUCCUCCCAAGUGCCUUCUGCCGUUAGAAUAGAUCUUUCUUUUGCCCAUUUGCUAUUCUGCCUGAGGUUUCGUGUUGCUCAUUCAGUUAGCCGCAAACAUGGCGUUUGAGAGGGAUGAUGUAAUCCAAAUUUUUACAUAUCUGCAAACGUGUAUAUAUUUUUUCCCCCAUAGAUUACACUAGACAGGCUGAAAUAGACAUAGAAAUAUAUAUUACUGUUGUGCCUAUAUAUAUAGUGGAAAAUAUUUUUGGUAAGGACACACUAUUAGGCAAAAGGAUACUACUGGCUUGUGUUGACUGCAGUUUGUAUAAAAAAAACAUCAACGCACACUUCUUGCCGCAUUGUUGCAAAUGAAACUCUUUCAUUAAAUUCUGCUUUUCACAAAUCACAUGUCAGUGUGAAAUGGUCAAUUGUGUAGGAUUUGCAUGUUGUUUCGCACAGAAAGCAACAGUUUAUUAUCACGCUGUAACUUUGUUUUUUAGUCAAGGGCAAUGAAAACGGAGCUCCAACUUUGUAUUAUUCACUCAAUGCCAAGAAAUAAAUGCUGUCAUCUAAACUCGGA